AUGAAUUUAGCAAGAAUAAAAGAAUUAAAAAGAUGUGUUGUACCAUUAAAGAAUAGAACAUUGGUUCGUGUAUCAGGAAAGGAUAGCGUCAAAUUUCUACAAGGAUUGACAACCAACAAUCUAACUCGUCUCAGUGAUAAUCAGAAUACACAUGCUUCCAUCUACACUGGUUUCUUGGCAUCGACUGGAAGAUUAUUGUUUGAUGCAAUCGUAUCACUCGAGAAACAAUCUACAACAACCACUUCGACUGCAUCGACAACUGCAGCAACGGCAUCAGACUCUAAUAGUGCCACCCACUCUUAUAUCGUAGAUGUAGAUAGUGCCGUCGCUGACAAGGUGUUUGAACACUUGAAAUUCUACAAAAUGCGAGACAAGGUCACCAUUGAAGAUGCUACCCAACACUAUUCAGUCAUGUCUGUUCUCGACAAAACCUACAAGACUAUACGUAACGACAAGCUAUUUGAACAUUUAGAAGAGGAGCAAUGUUCAGUCAUGAUGGAUCCUCGUCAUGAUAACAUGGGUAUUCGUAUCUUGGUCCCAAAUUCAAAAACUUCAAUCGCAAAGAAAGAUUUAUUUUCAACAUAUUCAGAAGAGGAUGAAGAAUUGUAUCACCUUUAUCGAUUACAAAAUGGUAUUCCAGAGGGAUUGAAAGAUUACAAUUAUAAUACUGUUAUUCCAUUGGAAUACAAUUUCGAUUUAUUGAAUGGAGUGGAUUUUCACAAGGGUUGUUAUUUGGGACAGGAAUUGACAUCGAGAACACAUUAUACUGGAUUGAUUCGUAAGCGUAUCUUUCCAGUCACUAUGAAGGCCAAGGAUGAGCAUGUCUAUCCCAAGGAAGACCAUCUCUUGUUCUCGCCCUAUGUAUUAAACUCUCUCAACAUCAACACUCCUCCUUCCGACACUGAAUUAAAGGUCACCAUGAAGAACAAGGGUGCUAAUUCUCCAUUUACUGACAAGGAACAAGAUGGACCAUCUCCAUCAUCAACACCAGCACCAUCAGCUGGACGAUCAACCGAGAAAUUCAUCUCUGGUCGUCAAAAUGUAGGCUUGGCAAUGAUCAAAGUCGAACAUAUUGAUGCUGGUGACUUUAAACAUACUAUCAUCAAAGAUAAAGAAAGUAGACAAUUACAACUUUUAGAACCAUGUUGGUGGGGCAAGGUAGUUGGUAUUGUAGUACCAACUCAACAAGUUAGUUAA